GAAGACUGCAAGCUCUCCAUCUUCAGAAAACAUCUCCCCGUUCUCAAGGGAAUUUUACUACUACUUUUUAGAGGAUAAAGAAUUUGUUUUGUAAGAGAAAUUAACGUGGAGUUGAUUCUUGGAGGCAUCAACACAAUUUGAAGACAGAGAAAGUUGAAGUGAGCCGUCCGUCACUGUGUAACGCAUACUGACCAAUGGGAGAGCAGAGUUGUGUCUAUCGCGCGCAAACGCUUCCCACGUAGAACUCUCCCCGUCACACCCGCCCACCCAACCGACCAAAUCUUGCUCUCCUUACCUCACCAGUGACACCGAGCAGCUGCACAGGAUAGACUUUACAAGUGCCUUCAAACCUUGCAGUCGGAUUUCCUUCUCCAACCCUGGAAAUAUUUUCUUGUUUACUCUUCGUGAAAACGGGGCUGAGAUGAUUCCCCUAGUUUUGUGCUUCUGUCUGGCGUGGAGCCAUCUUCUUCUGCCGGUGGCGAGGGCAUCUUGCCGGGACGGGGGGCAGUUUGGAGGGGCACUUUGUUGUCAAGGCAAGGAUAUAAACUGUGUGACGGAAGGUUACAGGGUGAACUCCGCUUACUACCAUGAUACUUGUUUUUGCGACGGGGCGUGUGCGGAUAGUAGCGACUGCUGUUCCGAUUACGAAUCUGCAUGCCCAGCCACUGACUGUGUAGUAUCUUCAUGGAGUUACUGGAGUGGAUGCAGCGUGUUGUGUGGUGUGGGAGUCAGCGAGAGAAGACGGUACAAGAUCAAGGACUCAGAAAAUGCUGGAGAGAAGUGUCCUCCUUUUCGCCAAAUGAGGGCAUGCUUUUCAAGCUUUUGUGACGCCAGUGAGCUCCCAUCCAAUGGUAUUGCACUUCUCCUUCCAUAUUCUGCCAGUGAGAGAAGAAAUGAUCCCGAUCUGAACCUUAUGACAAACUUCCUCAUUAGUCUGGGCCGGUACAAACCAUUCAACAGUUACUGUGUGUACUUCAAGCUGACUGGACUGAACAAGAAGUGUCGUUCCAAUGGUGAUGACACAGAGUGGAGCACCUUCGCCAAAAAAGGAACAAUAGUUUGUGCGGAGUGUGACCAACCAGCGUUCAACAGCGAAGGACGGUGUCGAGGAGAAGGCAUCCAGGGAAAGAAAUCGCGUUGGGCCGCCCUGGAUCUUCCCAAGUGCCGCGGUAGGUGGGUUCGGACAUCAAUAGAGGAGAAAUGCAAGUGCAAUACAGGGUCGGAUUUCAUAUUUAUUUAAGUCUUCAAACUUGAUCAGGAAUUAACAUUUUUUAGCCAAGUGGUGGUACCGUAUUUUUUCUUUGAACCAUGCACCUUUUCUAUCAUUGAUGUGGCAGAGAGUAGCAUUAGGCCAUCACUUCUGUGGUUGGAACAGAUUCGUUUUUCAUGUCGAAUUAAAAUCAAAUGGUAGUUUCUCAAAAAACAACCAAACAAACUAAAGUUGGACUAAAAGUUCAGGAAUGUUUAGCAAUACUCCUUGAAAUAAUAAAAAGGAUACCUUUCAAAUGUUACCCUAAUUUAACAAUAUUUAAUGUUCUUACACGAAGCAUAUCUGUGGCAGUAAUGUUGGCAAAUUACUAAAUUUAGUAUUUUAAGUUUAAGCUAUGUAAAGAAUAACUCAUUAUUAAAGUAGACCAUCUCGUUUUAAAAUUAGGUCUUAUAAAUUUUAUAUUGCUGGUUCUAAAUGUAUUGAACAAUGCCAUUGUACCUUUAGUAAAUAACUUGACCUCCUCCUUUUCUAUGCUGCAUCAACUUUCUGUUAAGUUCUUGUUUGCUAUUUAACCGUUUUUAUUUACUACCGGGCGCGAGUAGAAUGACUCUUUUUUAGCACCACGUGUUUCUGAAUGUAUUGUCUUUUAGUAAAUUAAAUCAAUGCUGUGUAUUUAAGGACGAUGUACUAAUAAAGUAGGGCCUACUGGCUUUACGAAUCUAGAUUCAAGAUUACGUCACCACCUUAUUGGGACCGAAAACUCGGAAUUUAUAUUUUGAUACAUACAAUAUUUUGCAUUAACUUUGCUCAAGGCAUGAUUUAGGUAGUUUGUAAAACAAUUUCACAAUUUCCACCCAGGUAAACAACUCAUGAGAAAAUUAUGAAGUAAUAUUUUGUGGGAAAUCUGCGGAAUAAGUUUGUUUCAGGCAGUGUUACCUUUUUUGGAUGGAAUCCAAUUCUGUGCGGUUGGCAUUAGUGAUUUAAUUUGAAGAGAACUGUAUAGCACAACUGUGUUUAUUUGGUAAAAUGUUGGCGUUUGUAUAAAUUGUCGUUUAUAGACAUAUUUAUGACUGAAAUCACACCAUCUUGUAGAAUAUUGUGUGUAGAUUUGAUCAUUUUGUCACAAAAAGGAAGAGAUGUUAAAAACAUAAUAUCAGGGAGCUAGAUUGGCUCAGUACCUUUCACCUUGCAUGUGGAUUAACACAACAGUCUUCCACAAACUAGAAACUACAACUUAAAAACAAAAGCUCUGAACUAAAUAAAAUUUACUUUUUCUUUGACCCCAUAGAAGAGUCAUUUAAUAGUUGGAUAAUUGUAUAUAAUAAUAUCUGGCACAAAUUAUACUUCAAAAAUUAAUCACAAGAUUGACAAAUUCUCCAAACUAACAUUGUACAAAAAACAACAAAUUGAGAUUACUAUUGAAAUGAGCGACACUAAUGUGUGUUACUAUUGGGUUCGGAUAGAUAGAGAAUGUGUAGACUUACAUCAUGGUGUAGCCACUGUUCUCCAACCAUACAAAUACAUCAGACCAUAAUGAGGCUGGAAGGGGAAAACUAGUCUGGUCCCUUCAUGUGUAUGAGAAACAUACUGAAAACGCCAGUGUGUAAUACAGGGAGCCCAACAAUGGCCACAAUAUGAAAAAGGUCUCUCUACAUAGUUAUGUGAUUUACACUCUGAUGGUGGUGCUUUUUUGGUUAAAUUAAAUUAAAUAAUCCUUUAGAAACUGUGCUUUAGAUUUUUUUUUAAUACAUUGAAUAUAUUGUGACUGAAAACAUUAGGUAAACAACUGAAUAUUAUAGUACAUUCUUUUGUAAUGUUGUAACAACUAUAUGCUUUUUUGGUUAUUAAUGUUACAGCCAAACAAUGUUAACGUUUAUUAACAACUUUGGAUUUUUGCUUUUUAAACACAUCUGCUGCCACUGUUAUGUUUUGACAAGAUGCUCAUUUAUGAAAUGACAGUGGACUGAAGCACCUCAUUUUUUAAACAGAAUUUGUGUAACUAUGAGGGUGAUUACAAGAAAGAUGAUCUCCAACAUCUGAGAACAAAAGUUCAACUGACUCUCUAAGUGUGAUUGUACACCAUGCCAACUACGGUAUUAAUUGGUUCUCUAAAAACAAAACACCUUCAACUGCUAAAAUUAAACAGAGUUUGAUUGAAAUCUAAAUAGACUAGCUCCUCCUCUGUCACAGAGUUUUUGAAUUUACCUACUACAAAAUCGCUUAGCUAAGAAAUAAUAAAUUUGAGGUCGUUCGUCUGUGAUUUUAAACAACAUUGUAAAAUCAGCAACACAAAGAACACUGAAAGCAGAAAUCGGACUGCGCAGUAAGCUAAAGCAGCAAGUCUGUACAGCAUUAUAAAUUCCCAGUCUAAUUUAACAAUAGACCUUUAUCACGGAGUCACCAUCGCGGACAUGUUCCCUGUUUCCAAUAACAGUAAUGAAUGCUAACAUUCAUUGCGAAUGGCACCAGACUAUUAUUUCGUCCAGCCUCAGUUUGGUUACAAUGAUAUGGAUGGAGUAUAAUCAAAUGACCACACCGUGAUAAAGGUCUAUUACAAUUAUUGUAUCUUGUUAUUAUUAUUGUAUCUUGUUAUUUAGAAAAUGUCACAUUAGCUUCAUACACUGAAAUACACAGUUUAUGUUUUCAGGUUUGGUAUUCUGCUUUUCCACCUUUUAUUAGGAACAUACAUUAGUUUGUUUCCUAAUAUUCAAUAUAAUAUGAAUAAACCAGUGAAAUCCCACCAAACACUUGAUUUUUGUCCGACUGAGAUGAGGUUAUUUCUCUGGGAGCAGAAUUCGGUGUGUGUUCUUCCCAUGUUACAAGGCUGAUACCAUCAGAGAGAGACAUCACAGUUGCCAAUGACAACGAUUAACUUUGUUAAAACUUGUGCUAACUUGACUAAUUUAUCAGACAAUACAAAAA